UCCGGGUGAAAGGAUUUGUGUUUUUAGUAAUGGAAAUAAUGUUUUAAAUUACAAACUUUUAGCUUUGUCUUUAGAUGUUGGAAUUACGAGUCCAGAAUUUUGUAAACAGAAACAUUCUAUCUUUUUAUCAAUGGAUAUACAGAUGUAAUAAUAUGUGUACAAAUCGGUAUUGCGAGUGUUUGCCGAGCCGAGUUGAUCGUUUUUUAACCUCGCACUAUUGAAUCUAUUCUCUAAACUAAUAUUUAACACAUACGAUACAUUUACAGCAUAUGCACACAGAAAAUAAAGGUACUGAAAUGUCGCAGAGUAGACUAAAGGAUGAUGAUAACAGACAGUCUUGCUGGGUUUGUUUCGCCACUGAAGAAGAUGACCGUGAAGCAUCAUGGGUACGGCCUUGUCGUUGUCGAGGAACGACACAGUGGGUGCAUCAGAAUUGCCUACAGCGCUGGAUUGAUGAAAAGCAAAAAGGAAACAGCACUGCCAAAGUAGCUUGUCCACAAUGCAAUACAGAAUAUAUGAUAAUAUUUCCAAAGUUAGGACCAGUGGUAUACAUGAUGGACAUUGCAGACAAGAUUAUAUACAAAAUGUGUCCAUUCGUUGCCGGUGGCAUCUUUGUUGGGUCGGUCUACUGGACCGCUGUCACUUACGGAGCAGUCACAGUUAUGCAGGUUCUUGGUCACAAAGAAGGUCUGAAUGUCAUGGAGCGGGCAGAUCCCCUCUUCCUUCUCAUCGGUUUACCCACAAUUCCUGUGAUGCUAAUACUCGGUAAAAUGGUGCGCUGGGAAGACUAUGUUCUGAAACUGUGGAGAAAACAUUCAGCAAAGCUUCCAUUACUCAACUAUUUAUUUCCUGAUGAAUGUUCCCGUCUUUCACGAAUUCCAGCAGAAACCGUGCCUCUGUCGGAUCCAAUCUCCGCGACGAGGGUGUUAUGUGGAGCCUUAAUACUUCCAACGAUAGCCACCAUAGUCGGCAAGCUUAUGUUUGGAAGUGUACAGUCAAACUUCCAGAGGACAUUGCUGGGUGGAAUUGCAUUUAUUGCCAUCAAAGGUGUUUUAAAAAUCUACUACAAACAACACCAGUACAUGAGGCAAGCUAACAGAGUUAUCCUCGAUUAUCAAGAAGAAUCUUCGACAUCUCAGCCAGAUUCACAACCUUCUGCUUCACAAUAGAGAUAGUUGACUGCAGAUAUAUAAUAUGUGUGUGUGCGUGUGUUUUUGAGAGAGACAUUUUGCCUUCUAAUUGGCUGGACAAGUAUGAGUGUGUUUGUUACUGGCAGCUGGUAAUUGUCAGUUGUUAAUUAGUCUCUAACACUUGAAAAUGGCUGAUAGGUAAGCAGAAUGGUCACAGAAGGACAUGACCUGACCAGACUUUCAUGUACUGCUUUAAACUGAUUUUUCUGUGUACUGUUCCUGCCUUUUUAAAGAGUGUUGCCAAUUUGAUGUUUUUAAAAGGGAUGGGCUCACCUAAGACAAUCUUCUGUGUUGGUCUAAACAGUAUUGCUAUCAUGUCUUCACUUCCUGCUAACUGUAUGUUUCCAUAGCAGUGUUCAGCUUAUGUAUAUUUUGUGCAUAUUGCAUCCCAGAAACUGUGUGCAUGUUUUGUAUAUCUCUAAACAGAAGUUAUAAAAUGUAUACCAAACAACCACAUUAGUACUAUAAUCUGCAGAUGACCAAGUUGUAGUUAAUUAACAACAGAAGAAGAAAAAAUAUGUAAACAAAACUUGAUCUUAAAACAAAUAUGUUACAAGCAAAAUGACCACUUUGUACUCGACUGGCUUAAAUUAAUGGAGUUGGCCCGAUAUUGGAAACUACUUGAUACUGUGCAAAUUCUGGUAAUGGGCAAGCUCUGAAACUAGUAUUGAGAUAAUCUUGAUACUGUGCAAAUUCUGGUAAUGGGCAAGCUCUGAAACUACAGUAUUGAUUGAAUCUUGAUACUGUGAAAGACUUCACCUUUUCUCAUGCUUUAAGCCUUAUAAACAUUUAGAAUAUGCUUAUAAAUAUUUGGAAUAAAGAAAGAGUAUUAAAUCCUCGUUCAAAAUUGACACUUGUUACACUGUCAUGAAAAUCCUACAUUGAGACACACAAUAAUUUAGAAAGGGAUAGGUUAGACACAAGGCUUCAGCAAAGUCUUCAAACUUUACCUAUGUGUAUGAUCAAGAUUUCAUUAAAGCUAUGAGUCGAGACUUUAUUAAAGCUUUGAGUCAAGCCUUUAUUAAAGCUUUGAGUCAAUACUUUAUUAAGGCUUCGAGUCAAAGACUUUAUUAAAGCUUUGAGUCGAUAUUUUUAUAAAGCUAUGAGUUGAGACUUUGUUAAAGCUUUGAGUCGAUACUUUAUUAAAGCUUUGAGUCAAAGAUUUUAUUAAAGUUUUGAGUAUUAAAGCUUUGAGUCGAUAUUUUAAUAAAGCUAUGAGUUGAGACUUUGUUAAAGCUUUGAGUCGAUACUUUAUUAAAGCUUUGAGUCAAAGAUUUUAUUAAAGUUUUGAGUCAAAGGCUUUAUUAAAGCUUUGAGUCGAUACUUUAAUUAAGCUAUGAGUUGAGACUUUGUUAAAGCUUUGAGUCAAGACUUUAUUAAAGCUUUAAGUCAAGACUUUAAAGUUGUACAAGCUCAGGACCUGUUCACGGGAAAGCCCUGAUAUUGUAAUGGUCAAGCCCUGGGACUGGGCUGAUAAUGAGUUGUCUGGAUAUUGCAGUGUGUUUUAUUUUAUUGUUAAAAAUGUUUGUUUUUUAUUUAUCUACUAUUUAUGUACAGUACCUGGCAUGUUUUGGAAAGUUGGUUGUGCAUGUUUACUUGAGACAAAUGUUGGUUGUUAAAGCGACUGGCUCUGUGUUUAUUAUAUAUACAUACUAGUCAGUCUGUUUUUGUUUUGUACAGAUUUUAAAAUUAUAUUUGAGAAAUGGUUAAAAAAAAAAAAAAGUUAAGGAGCUAUUGACAGUUAUCAGGAUUUUCACAAUCUGUCCCACUCUCCAUCUUAAAAGGGCAGGCGUACAUAAAAAUAUUGAAUUUGCAAGGGUUAAUUUUAUUAAAAUGUUUUGUGUUUUAUGUUUUUUUAAAUUUGAACAGCUGAAAAUUUGCCACACACAAAUGUAAAUAAUGUCUGUGUGAAACUGAAAGGUUUUAACAUCUUGCCAAUUGGUAGUACAUACCAGUAGAAGGAUCUAAACACAAAACAUUGACAUGCAGCAUGUCAUUAUAAAUGUAAUUCUCAGACCAAUAAAUAACUAAGGUCAAAGGUGAGGUAGUUUAACUAAAAUAACAUAUUAUGCCAAAAACUGAGGUUGUUUUGACUAAAAUAAGCAACUAUGGCCAAAACUAGGGUUAUUUGGCUAACAUGAAUGACUAUGGCCAAAGCUAGGGCUAUUUGACUAAAACAAAUUACUGUGGCCAAAAUUGGGAUUCUUUAUCUGAUAUGGUUUCUUCUCUUGCUCAAGCCAUACAGUUUCUGAAAUUAAGUUGCUGUGAACUGAAUGAGGUUUUGAUGCUUAUGGCUAGCUAAUCAAAAUGACAAUACCAUAUUCAGUUGCAUCUCUGUGUAUGAUAAUAUAUACGAAGCUGUGAGAUGUGUACAAGAUCAACCACUCAGUCUGCAUGUAUUAAGACAACGAAGAACACAACCACAGUACAGCUAUAUAAGUUAAAAUACACAUUUAUUAAUUACAAUACAGCUGUAUAGAUUAUAAUACAGUUGUAUAAAUUACAUUACAGCUGUAUAAAUUACAAGUAUAAUCAAACUUGAAAAACAAGUAAUUAAUAGUUAAUUUGUUGAAUAUUUUUUCUUCUUUUCUUCUUCUUUUUUUUUUCUUUUUUUUUUUCUUGGUUCAUUGACAGAUUUCUCAAUAUAUUGUUUGUAUGUACAAAUAUGUAUUUACUAUGUAUACAGAAAAUUAAAAACUGAAAAGAAAACUGAAAUUGAUUUGAGAAUGUCUGUACCAUUAUCUUUUCCCUUUUAAUGACUUGGCUUAGCUUUUGGAUAAUUCUUUGUCAAAAACCACAUUGAGAAUUGGCCACAUUUGAGAGACCAUAUCUUAAAAACUUAUGAUCUGAUUGGACCAGUUCUUCACAUUUCAGUCUUUUCUACAACAAUAACUUGGAUACUAACUUAAAGAGAGUGAGGUUAUAAAAAAAGAAUCGCCCUUUUUCAGUAUGCCCUCAUGAAUCGCAGUUAAAAUAUUGAUGAUAACUACCAUUCAUUCAUUUAAUACAUAUGCUUCAUGAUGUCGUGAAAUGCUCACUAGCAUGGUUUAAUUCAGCUGCCGGAACAGGAUGGGCCACUUGUGUGUCAUUUAGAUUCUCUCCAGAAUUGUGUCUUUUAAAACGUCGCUCCACUUAGAUAUAUACUGAAGGCCAAAAGAAACUUUACCAUAGUUUUAAAUCACUCUGGUGUAAAAACAACAAAAGAUAGUCGCAUGAGGUAAAAUAUAUUGACUAGAUCAAUAUGUCAACAUUAACAUAA